ACGUAUAAAAGCUGGUGCGAAACCAGCUGAAGUUCAAUUGAGCAGCGAUGUUGAAGUACGUAGCAGCUUGUCUCUUGGUCGUUGGCGCCGUCUCGGGGGCCAAGAUUGGUAGACAAAUCAGAAAUGGGUGCAACAUGACCUACCUGGUGGAAGCACCUCUGUGUUGCAGUACAUUACCGAAGGUUUUUGGCAAGCCUGAAUGGGAGGCAUGUGCGGGAACUGGAAAGCCAAAGGGACCCCCUCCUUGCAUCGUGGAGUGCAUGCUCAAAAACGUUGGAGCGCUCAACGACAAGACUAUUGACUACACCAAGUUGAGCGAUCUGUUCAAAACUAAUGCCACAACCGAGGAAUGGAAAACCAUUGUUGGCACUGCUUUUGACACAUGCAAGAAGCUGGUUGAAGACUUUAAGUCUAAACCUGGCAAAAAGUUAAGAGGCCUCAAGAAGGGCAAGGGCAAGGGCCAAGGAGCGAUCGAUGGCAAGGACAAGUGCGAACCUGACUCAGCGAUCUUGCUCACAUGCAUUCAGUCUGAGCUUUUCGUGAAUUGCCCAAGCGCUGAUGUUAACAGCACCGUUACUGAGGGAGUGAAACCAUGCGCCGAUAGAAUCACUGAGAUUAAAGCUUGUGACAAAACUGCGCCCACCCUGCCCGGUAAAGGACCAAGAAAAGGAGAAAAACGUAGUGGAGGAAGAGGAGGAAGGUCGGGUUAAGAAUUGUUUCAUGAUAUUCCCCUAAACGCUUUUUACUUAAUUGUAAAAUGAAUCAAAUUUAUAAGUGUAUUUAAGAAAAUCAAUAAAAUUCGCAAAAAUUAAUUGGCAA